UGAACACAGCAGGCCAAGCAGCAUCAGGGGAGCAGGAAGGCUGACGUUUUGGGUCUGAGUCAGGGGUUGCCAGAAGAUUUCCAAUAAACAAUUCUGGAAACUGAAACUGAAACUGUGAACAGAUGGCGGAAUAAGGCGGUGCAUGCAGUCGGAAUUGUAGACGGGUCCCAAAAAACAAACCCAUCGAUCGCGUUUCGCAGCUGGACUUCAGGGGUAACGGGGAGGUACUUGCCCUUUUCCAAUCCCUCAGGGUGAGAAAAAAACAACUGCUAUUCCAGCUGCUUCCCAGCAUUUUUCUGAGAGUGCUGGCUGAGACCCAGGAUUUCAUGUAACAACGCUCAGCAGCGAUAUCAUGGCAAAGGUUUCUAUUUCUGAAACGAUCUGAAGCUUUAAAUCUUAAAAAAACUAACGCGAGUUUUUGCCUUCGAUUUUAAUUCCUUUGAACAAGUAUGGAACAAGAUGGCAAGCAUCUAGCUGCAGAAUUUAGUAACUCACAUGCUGAUUUUGAAAUUAUUCAAGAGAGCAUUCAGGACAACAUGAGCCUUUACAAAACACUUCAGCAAGCAGAACAAGAGUUAGAAUUGUGGCAGAGUAAAAUUGACAACUUAGAAAGAAGAAAAUCAGAUUUGAUCUGUGCAAAACUGGAUGCUGAAGAAAAGAAGAAGCAAAUUUCUCAUAAACUUUGCAAGCUGAAUAAUGAACAUGAGAAGCUCCAGGGAGAGAUUCAAAGGACAGGGCAGUCUUUAAAGGAGAAGCUCUGUGAAAAAGAGGCUGAGCGUGAAAAACUGAAAGAACGACUGAUUGAACUUGAAAAAGAACUCCGAAUUACACGAGAAGACUGUAGCCUACUGCAUUCUAAAUUCAAGAUUAAGGCAACUUUGCCUGAAAAGAAUAUUAGGUUCACCAAACUCGAAGAAAGUGUGCCCACAGCUCAAGAGGGAGAGGACUUCUUGAAGAUCAAGUGCUGCUAUGUCGUCUCACCUGAAGUGUCACUGGCUCUUCAGAAUGGACAGGCCUUAAUCACUUUUGAAAAUGAGCAAGUUGCUAGUAAAAUUCUGAGGGUAGCCAAGCAUCACAUAAACCUGGAUCCUGGGAAACUAGAUGUGAAGAUUCAUCCUGUCAAACUGGGCACAGCAAGGAAGUUUGAGGUACAUGUUGACAUCUCCAGGAAGACAGUUAAAGUUUCUCAAAUUCCAGAGAUCCUUCCGGAAGAACAGAUGAGAGACAAGUUGGAAAUUAGCUUCUCAAAGCCCAGUUUAGGUGGAGGGGAGGUGGAGCAUAUAAAUUACGAUCGUUUUUCUGGAACUGCUGUGGUCACCUUUGUUGAAAAAGGAAGUAAGUGAAAUAUUUUCACUUUCACUACAGCUGUCGAUUAGAUACAUGAGAGAGAAAGGGCGAUGUGGAGUUGCAAACUGAAGCAACACAAAUUGCCUUUAUUGGGAAUAAAUAAAGGGAAAGGUAAAGAGAGACACAGAGCAUAUCUUCAAUAUAGAAUUACUUGCCAAGGUAUGAAGUCACAUGCUGCAAUACAAAUGUAGAAAAUAGGAGCAGGAGUAGGCCAUUCAGCCCUUCAAACCUGCUCAGCCGAUCCAUAUCAUAGCUGAUCGUCCAACUCAGUACCUUGUUCCCACUUUCUCCACAAACUUUUGUUUCCUUUAGCCAUAAUAACAAUAUCUAACUCAUUGAAAACAUUCAAUGUUUUGGCUUCAGCCACUUUCUGUGACAAGCUUACCUCUCUCUGGGUGAAGAAAUCUCUCUUCAUGAAUCCUAAAUAGUCUAUCCUAUAUUCUUAAACUGUGACCCCUAGUUCUGGACUCCCCGGUCAUCAGGAGCAACCUUCCAGCAUUUACCCUGUCUAGUCCCUGUUAGAAUUUUAAAGGUUUCUAUGAGAUCCUUCCUCAUCCUUCUAAAGUCCGGUGAAUAUAGUCCUAACUGAAUCUGUCUCUCUUCAUUUGUUAUUCCUGCCAUCGCAGGAUAAUGGAUUAUUGAUCACACAUCACAAUAAAUCUCAAUUGAUUAAUUUACAACACACCCAGAAAUGACUCAAGGAAAAUCUGAAUAGUGGGGGACUUUGGAAACCACAGCUUUAAAGUCACCUCUUCCUUCCAAAAAUGCUACGUUUACUACAUGGAUUGUCUUAAAUUAUUUUUAUACUGUAUACCAGAAUG